CACACACACACACACACUGCUGCGGAGACAUGACAGGGAACUAGAGAAGUGAGGACCAUUACAGCCUCAGAGGAAAAACUCCUUCCUUUGGAUUAAAAGCGCUUCUAUAACCCGGGACAGAAUAUAAAAGCACUUUAAAGAGUGUCCGCGCGGAGGGAGAGCUACUUUAGAGGCUUCAAAACAUGUUUUCAGGAGCGGUGUAGUUUAUUCUGUGCUGCUUUAGUUUGUCCUGAUGUCUCCUCUGUUGCAACAAUGCGCGUAGAGACGCUUUAUUUCAGGGACUAGUUUGAGGAUUUUUUUUAAUCAGGUCUGAAUCAUGCAGAGCUCUGAGAGUCUGAGGCCGGCUCAGUCGGGCAGGAAGCCGCUGGGGAAGCUCUCUUCCCGGCUGGAGGAGGUGAAGAACCCGUGGAGACAGGUCUCCUCUCUGGAGCUCAGCCACAACGAGGCGGCGCGCCUGGCCACGGACGCGCUCCUGGAGCAAGGUGAGCACGAGUACAGGAGGGUGCUGACGGAGGAGCGCGAGGUGAGCUUCCUGUCCCAGCAGGAGGUCCAGUACAUCACCCGGUACUCUGCAGCCACUGCCUCCAAGACCUCUUGCGGACCGGACAGCUCCGAUGACCGGGACUUCGAGGAGGAUGUGUCCGAGCUCACCUCCGGGACUUAUUUCCCCAUGAUGUCCGAUGAGGAGCCGCCGAUGCUGGAGCUCGGCUGGCCGGAAAACCCUAACAAAUUCGGGCCAUCAGAGACCCAGAUCUACUUCCAGAGGGACAAGAGCCACAACGUGAAGGACCUGAUCCGGUCCCUGAUCAACCAGGCCAAGAAGGUGAUCGCUCUGGUGAUGGACGUGUUCACGGACGUGGAUCUUCUUUGUGAUUUGAUGGAAGCGUCCAAUAAGCGCCGAGUCCCCGUUUACAUCCUGCUGGACGAGAAGAACAUCGACUCCUUCACCGACAUGUGCACCGUGCUCGAUAUCCAGAGCUCGCACAUGAGUAAUAUGCGUAUUCGCACUACUUGUGGGGACACGUACUGCACAAAGAGCGGCAAGAAGUUCACCGGUCAGGUCCUCGAGAAGUUCCUGAUCAUCGACUGUGAAGAGGUCAUCGCAGGGUCAUACAGCUUCACCUGGCUCUCGGCUCAGGUGCACAGCAACAUGGUGAUGCAUUUCUCCGGCCGGAUCACGGACAGCUUCGACCGGGAGUUUCGCUGCCUGUACGCCGACUCGCAGAUCAUCGACUGCUUCUUCAACGCGGAGGAGGAGGGGGGGCUUCCCUACUACCCCUCCUACCAGGCCAUGAUGACCCCCGGUGGCCUGGUCCCGGGGCUGGACCUCCUCUCAGACAGCAGACAGCGGGACAAGGUUUGCUCUGAGAACUCCAGCAGCCAAUCCAGUAACAGCGUGUCAAGUGUGAAGGCUGCGCCCGGCAUGACCUCCAACACAGUCUACAAGGUCACCCAAAACCACGACAAGAAGGAGUCCAACAGCAACCCCCUCCUGAGCCCAGAGCGGAGAGGCCAGACCCCGACACCCCCGGGAACACGAGGUUUAUCCAACGGGGGAAGCCAUCAAGAUCGACCCCCGCCGGCGUACGGUCAGCAGAUGGGCAUCGAGUGGAACAAACCCAACGCGGCGGACGUCAUGCGGUCCAACAUCGGCGGGGCUUCGUCCAAAUUCCAGGCGUUGGGGUUGUACGAUCAGAAACCGAAUAUGUUCCAAAGCCCAACCACAAACUUUCGGACGCAUACGCUCUCCCCCAUCACUGACAUUAAACUCGCCCCCAAGCAAAGGACUCCCCCAAACCAGUUCUUCAACAAGCUAUCGGACAUGUUCCUGCCAAACUCCAAGGAGACCUACAACACUCGGGGGUCUCCGUCGCCUCUGGAGAUUCCUCCCUGGGGGGGGCCGGACCUCACGAUGAACGAGCCGGAGAGCGAGCAGAGCCCACCCCCCCCUCCCACCGUGCUGAUGAGCCGGCAUGACCAGAAGCGAUUGACGCUGGGACACAGCAAGCUGGACCUGGUGAACCAGUACAACAAGAUGAAAUCCAGACAGGUGUACAGUCGCUUUGAGCUCAAGACAUCCAAUUAAACCGGGAACAAAUGUAGUUGUUUUUUUCAAACCCUUUCCAUUCCUCCGGCGUCUCUUCGUCUACCAAUCAGAAGGUCGGUACUUCGCCCUUUGUUGUGUUUUAGAGCAAGAUAUUGACAUCCCCAAAUGCUCCUGAUUGUGAGCAGUGUGUUUGAAUCUUCCUGAUCACCUUGCAAUGAAUGAAUGUGUGUCAAUGGGUGAUUGAUGACUUGUAUAUGUAAAGAGCGCUUUGAGGUGCCUUUCUCUCUAAUUUUCCACACAGUUGUACACUUAUAAACAAUCCAGGUGAUGCAAUAAAAUUCCAUUUUCACCGUU